AUGCUGGGAACUAAAAGCAAGUAUCUGAAAAGAAACCCAUACACCCCAUCAACACCUCCUGCUGCUGCAGCUUUUCUCCCUUUCUCCUCCGCCGUCACGAUCAAAAGGAUCUCCUACCAGGACACCAACUACAGGCGCUCUAUUCCAGCUGAAGAGCACCUGUCCAUCUGUCUGCGGUUUCUUGCCACUGGGGACUCCUACAGGACCAUUGCGGGGAGCUUCAGAGCGGGCAUAUCCACCGUCUCCAUGCUCAUCCCAGAUGUGGUGGCAGCCAUCUGGGACUGCCUCGUGGAGGAGUUCAUGGCUGUGCCUGGAGCAGAGGAGUGGAGGUAA